AUGAGGGGGACAUUCGCGUACGGGGGUCUUCUGUUAGUCACACUGCUACUGACUUCAGCGGAUGCCAAGGGAACUCUCUAUGGAAGCCCAUACAGAUAUAAUCUACACAAGUCUGGGAGCGUCCAGCAGUACAACCCUGGAAAACCGACGGGCCACCAUAAGAACUUCUGUGCCUACGUUGUCCAGAAGAACGUCACCUGUGUAAUGCAAGAUGGAGUGGCCACAUAUGUCAAACCGGAGUACACUACCAAGUGCAUAUGGGGACAGAAAUGUCCUGUGCUCAUGUAUCGGACACUCUUUAAACCACAGUACAAAAUCGUUUAUAAAACCAUCACUGAACUGGAGUGGCAUUGCUGCCCAGGUUACUCUGGAGAGAACUGCGGUGAUGGGACGACCUCCAACCCGGAUGCAAUGAUGCCACCCUUCAAAGGCUCUUUCCCUCGGCCCGGGCUGAAGGGUUACGCCAGGGGUCAUCCCAAUAUCCCUGUAUCAAGGCUGGAGCCUGGUAAACCAUUCCCCUUUCCUGGAGGUCACCCUGACAACAAGCCCAUCCCUAGUGGAUACCUGCCACCAGAGACUCCUAAAACAACUUAUGGUCCAAAAGCAGGAGUCUCUGGUGAACGUUUAGACCGCAUUGAAGAAAACCUUCGUAAACUCUCUCAAGAUCUGGACACCUUGAAUGGCUUGGUGACUGGCAUGGAGGAACGUCUGCGAGUCUCUCUUCGGGAGGACACUAAGAAGAUGCUGAUCACCUUGCUCGGUGGCGCCCCGCGGCUGCUGGAUACCUCUGUGGGCUUCGGGCUGAUCCCAGAGGGCACGUCGAAUGGCUUAGACGGCGAAGAGAACCUCCCUGGUUUUGGAGAGUUGGUGGGAAGGGUGAUGGAGGUCAAAGAUGAGCUGAGGGCCAAGAGCGACAUGCUGGACGAGAUCCAUGGGAUGGUGAUGGGACACGACGGCCAGCUAAAGAAGCUGAUAGACACUGCCACAGGGAGGCUCAUCCCUGGAGAUCAGCGGCAUCUAGAGGAACUUCUGGACUCCAGAUUGACCGGCAUGAGGGCGGAGGUCCUCGAUGGCUUUGAGAGGAGACUGACGGGUUUGGAGAGCCACUGUGAUGAGAGAAUCGGUCAGGUUCAGCAGCAGUGUCACAAAGAGCACCUAACAGGUCAAGAACAGAUCCAAAUCUCGCUGGACGGCAGUGAGACGGGCUUGAGGAAAGAGCUAGGUGAGCUACAGGCACAGAUCCAGGGUCUGACUGUAACCGAGAGCUGCUGUGGCGAAAUAAACAGCCUGACCCAGAGGAUGGUCCAGCUGGAGGACUCAAUUACAGGACUGACUGAGUCCCAGAGGCAGCUACAAGUGGACCUGACUGACCAGACGCUCCACAUCGAGACCCGGCUGGAGACCCGGCUGGUGGACAUGGAGGGCAAAAUUAAUGCCUCUGAACAUAGACACCAAGAUGGGUUAGGGUCUGAGUUCAGCUCCCUGGAUGGGUUUAAGACUUUGCUAGAUGAUAAGCUAAAGACAUUAGAGCGACGUUUGUUUGUAGCAGUUGAGGAGUUGAGCAAUGCCACAGCACCGGCACUGCUAGAGGGGCAAGUGGUGCCAGCACUGGAGACAGAGAUUGACAGUAUUCGGAGGAGGGUGGAGGCUGACUUAGAUGGGAUGCAGAAGCAGAUGUCCAUCCUUGAGCUCCUCUGCACCUCUGCCUGCUCCCCUGCCUCUAGCCCAGAGAUGGCCCUCAUCAAGACUGAGGUAGAGGACUGUAAGGAAACAGAAAAGAAGAUGCUGGACCGCCUGGCCGUGCAUUCAAGCAAACUGGACCAUCUCAACAGCACCUUACAGAGUGUCCUUACACAUCUAUCUCAGCAAGACGCAGAGGGCUCCAUCCAGGGGGAAAUCACACUCCUGAAGAUCAACGUCAACUCUGUCAAUCGUACCUUGAAAGGGCUAUGCGAUUCGGUCAGCCUGUUUGCUCGAGAAGUCGGCCAGGUGAAUUCCACCUGGCAGGAGCGGGAAAACCGGCUGGUCACGCGGGUGCAGGAAAUCUCAGGUCUGGUGGAACGACAGGCAUCUAUGCUUGGAGCCGGGGAGCGGAGGCUAAUCCAGUUGAAGGCAGAACUCCAGAGCUUGCGGCGGAGGCUAGCUGGGGAGCUGCAGGGUUGUCGCACCACAACGCAGGGAAUGCAACAGGAAGUGUCUGGGGUGGAAAGUCGAAUCACCCAGGUUGAAGGACAGUGUGGCAGCCUAGGUGAGCUAGCCGAUGACCUUGAGAGAAUCCGCAGUGAGCUGGAAAGACAUUCGGACAGCUUCCUGGUGCAGGUCAAUGGGACACUAGCCAGCCAUUCUGAGCAGCUGGUCCAACUGAAGGAUAGUCUUAAAGACUGCAUGAGUAAAACGGACCCUGCAAGACUGCGGGGUGACGGCCACUAG